AUUAGGGUUAAGUUGUCGUAUUUGUCUAUAAUUUCUUGGAACAUCAAUUAUUGUGGUUUUAGCCACAAUCUUAAGGUAUUUGAGGUUUUUACGACCACACAUGACAGUAAUUACCAUCAUGUCAGUCAAAAUUGUGUAUAAUUUUCUGUAAUAUUAGUUAUUGUGAGAAAAUUGAGACUCUAAUUGCAAUUUAAAAUCUUGAUCUUGAUGAAAUUCCAAACAUGAUGGCAACCGCAAUUUAUAACCUUCCUACACACCAUCUUUUGUUUUGCCAUUUGGAAACACUAUUUUCACCCCUUUUCCAAUGCUAGUGGUUUUCUCUCUCCCACAAAUAGAGUCAUAUUCAUUCAUCAUGUCACACCCAAAGGGAUAAAAGAAAAAACUUAAUAGUACAUGGGAGUUGAUGAUGAACAAGAGAUGGAGGAGGAGGAGGAGGAGGAGAGAGAAGAAGAGAAAAAGAAGCAUAAGCAGGCUCGUCCUUCUCUCUUCCCUAUUAGUGUGAGAAAGGGGUUUAGUGGUGAAAGAGUGAAGAGAGAUGAGUGGAGUGAAGGGGCAGUGUCAACCCUACUUGAGGCCUAUGAGGCCAAAUGGGUGCUAAGAAACAGAGCCAAGCUCAAGGGCCAUGACUGGGAGGACGUGGCGCGGCACGUGUCGUCACGUGCCAACUGCACCAAGUCACCAAAGACUUCAACGCAGUGUAAGAACAAGGUGGAGUCCAUGAAGAAGAGGUACAGAUCAGAAUCAGCAACAGCAGAUCAUGCAUCAUCAUCUUGGCCUCUUUAUUCACGGCUUGAUCUUCUUCUUAGGGGAACUGGGCCCGUCUUCUCGUCGCCGCCGGGGCCGCUGAUGGUGGCUGCGCCCAUGCCGCCUCUGUCGCCGGUGGAGCCGUCGCAACCGCUGGCUCCUUCAGGGCCACUUGCUAAUGCACAAAACUCGCAUGGAUCCAAUGGGGUUGAUGAGAAGCUUGCUAAGGAAGAUGGGUUAGGAACUAAGUCAUCUGAUCAAGUAUCUAGCAAGAAUCCAUUGGACACAGAUAGCAGCACGCCAGCACUUUAUAGCCAGAAGGAGGAGUUAAGAAGCAACAAGAGGAAGAAGAAAACAAUUGAUCACAACACAGGACGAAGAAGGAAAGAAUAUGUGGAGAUAGCAGAAAGUUUAAGAUGGCUAGCUGAAGCUAUGAUAAGGUCAGAACAAGCAAGAAUGGACACAAUGAAGGAGAUAGAGAGGAUGAGAGUUGAAGCUGAGGCCAAGAGAGGGGAAAUGGACCUCAAGAGAACUGAAAUUAUUGCCAAUACACAAUUAGAGAUUGCUAGGAUCUUUGCAAGUGUCAACAGUAAAGGUGUUGAUUCAUCUCUAAGAAUUGGAAGAAGUUAAUUAAGGGUAGGUUGUGGAAGCUAAUUAAUAAAAUGUUAUUAUUGUAAGUGCACAUAAAGUUAACAAAUAAUGCUAUUAAUUAAUAUAAUAAAAUUUGAGUAAAUAGUUUAUUUGCU